CCAUAUAUGCGCUAUAUGACUGGUCGCUGGAGUAAACAUCGGUGGGUUUGGCUCAUGACACAGUGCGCAUGGUUGCUGGAAUAUGACUCCAGUUUAAAAUACCAGGCGACUGAAAGCGCACCCAGUGUGCACUGUGGCGGGCCAGUUUACGCUGUCCGAGUCUUGAGAGCGUUGGUGCGAGAGACGCAGCCUCUGCGCCACACUCCACCUGGAGUCACGGAGCGCACUGGAGACAUUUUGCCAUGCGUUUUUACGCAAAUGCGUUUAACUUGAGCGGGUUUUUAUUCACCUUCCACCAAAGAGCAUCAUAAUCAGCGACCAGCUCUGCCGGCAACAAAACACUUUAAAAAUGGAACCACUGAUCAACACGUCUCUUUUUAAAAAUAACAGCGAUCCUUACGGAAGAAAUGAAGAAGUCGCCAAAAUUGAAAUUACAGUUUUGAGCAUUACUUUUGUUGUGGCCGUCAUUGGUAACAUUAGUGUUCUGGUAGCUAUGCACAAUACCAAGAAAAAAACGUCUAGGAUGCACCUUUUCAUCAAGCACCUGAGCUUAGCCGACCUAGUAGUUGCUUUUUUCCAGGUUUUGCCACAGCUGUGCUGGGAAAUUACUUUCCGAUUUACUGGCCCAGAUUUUCUGUGCAGGGUUGUAAAGCAUUUACAGGUGCUGGGCAUGUUCGCUUCAACUUACAUGAUGGUGAUGAUGACCGUAGACCGCUAUAUCGCUAUCUGUCACCCGCUGAAGACUCUUCAGCAACCUACUCGCAGGUCCUACAUUAUGAUCAUCGGCACUUGGAUCGGCAGCCUGCUGCUCAGCACGCCCCAGUACUUCAUCUUCUCCCUGAGUGAAAUAAAAAACGGGUCCGACGUGUACGAUUGCUGGGGACACUUCAUCCUGCCGUGGGGGGUGAAGACUUACAUCACCUGGAUCACAGUGGGGAUCUUUUUAAUUCCGGUUUCUAUUCUGAUGGUCUGUUACGGAUUCAUCUGUCACAGUAUUUGGAAAAACAUUAAAUACAAAACGAAAAAAACUACGUCGGACACCACUCAUAAAAAGGGUUUAAUUGGCAAGAACUCUGUUAGCAGUAUCACCACUAUAUCCCGAGCCAAAUUGAGGACAGUCAAAAUGACUUUUGUUAUUGUUCUGGCAUAUAUUGUGUGUUGGGCACCAUUUUUCACGGUCCAGAUGUGGUCGGUGUGGGAUGAAAACUUCUCGUGGGACGAUUCUGAGAACACCGCCGUCUCUAUCUCUGCACUGCUGGCCAGUCUGAACAGCUGCUGUAACCCUUGGAUAUAUAUGAUCUUCAGUGGUCAUCUUCUACAGGACUUUGCAUAUUGUUUUCCAUGUUGCCUCAAAAUACACCAAAAGUUCAAGAAAGAGGACUCUGAAAGCAGUAUCAGGAGAACCACACUAUUGACUAGAAUAACCAACAGAAGCCCCACAUGCAGUUCAGGGACAUGGAAAGAUCUUGAUAACUCGCCGAAGUCAGACAGGUCAAUUCCAUUGGAUCUGCAGUCCUGAUGCCCUGCAUCAAUAUUCCAUAUUUAUUAACUUUUAAAAUGGUGGACACAGGUACCACAAACUGAAUGUGAUCUUGCCAUAGACAUGUCUGUGAAAAAAAGGGCAUUAGACACAACAUUUGGGGCAUGUCCUGUGUGACUGAUAAAGUGUUGGGAAUAGGCACAAUGUGGUGGGGACAAGUCUGAGCCAACUUCCCUCUCGGGUGUAGGUCUUGAUCGAGGGCCAAAAAAAUGUCUGAUUUUUUUUCCAGACUUUGCUUAUCUACAUUUACCCUCGAUCUGUCAGUCUGCUACACAAAAUGCCAAGUGUGACAGUUUGUGAUAUUAUUGAGGCUCAAGCGGCACAUGCCUCGCCAGGGGUGUUAGAGCAAAUCAAGAGGGGAUUACCAAAGGAGACAUGGCUGGUCUGUGCAAGACUAAAAAGUGACCAGCCAACUGUAAAAUACCAGCCCUGAUUGCAGUAUAGUUUACACAGAUUUGAUAGCUCUCAGGAUGAGGUUAUUGGCCAGGAAUUCACUGUUCACAAAACAAGACAGUCUAAGGAGGUUGCGAAAGCACUCAGUGGAUCUAUCCAUCACUGUAUAUAGACUUGUGACAUUCCAUAUGUGCUCCACGUGAAUGUAAACAUGCGUGCAUGUGUGUGUGCGUGUGUAUGUGCGUGUGUGUGU